UGUCUGCACUACGAAGUUCUGCAGCGAACUUUCAAAGAAUUUGUUUAUUGUAUACCAAGUGAGAUAACGUUACAAGAUGACAGCCCGACAACGUCCUUUUCAUCCACCCAAACCGAUACCAUUGGCACAAUGACGAUCCCGACUACGACGGUGUCCCUAUGCUCCGCCACCUCCAGUUGCCUUGUCUUAAGGAAGAAGGCUACGUUAAUAUGCGUUGCACAUGGUUCUUGGGCUGCCUCAAAGCGAGUUGAGGCCUCUUACCGCCUCCAGAUCACCAUUAGGUACACUCUAAACCCGGAGUUUGGAUCUACUGAGAGUUUUCUUAUCUGUCCUUCCAACGCCCCACCGCCUCUGCCUCCUUAACGACCACCUCCUUCACGGCUACCCCAUCAAUUCUAGGAACUCAUUAAAUCUAACAUAGUCUUCGUAUCGUUCUUGAAGCCGUCGUCUUGCUUCGUCUUGCCGUCGUAUUCUUCUACGUCG